UUGGAACUAGAUGAUCUUUACGGUCCCCUCCAACCUAAGCUGUUCUAUGAUUCUAUGAUUACCAGCAUGGGAUCUUUCUCCCCACAUCUGUUGCGUGCACAGGGUGGUUCUGCUCUCCUUCCUUCCCCUCCCAUCCCCCUCCCAGUGGGGCUCUGCCACCUCUGCCCCUCACCAUCACAGCCCCCUCCCUCAGCUCCCAUGCACGAGGCAACUUGGAUGGUGGCUUUCUGAGUGACUCAACCCCUACAGCAGUCUCUUCAACUUCAGACUCAGGAAGGCCACCCCCUCCGCUGCCACCACUGGGGAUGACGAGUGUUCGGGGUGUAAAUGCUAACGGGAAGCACAGUGAAAGCAGCGGUGCUGCUGGGGCCACCUGACUCUCGCAGUGCUGCCUGCCCUGCCACCGCCUCUUACGUAAUGACUGCAUGACUCCGGCUUUCCUGGGACCUCAUUAUUUAAAAAAAAAAAAAUUAAAAAAAAAAAAAAAGAUAAAAGAAAAACAGAUCUUCACUGACCCAUUGACAUGUUUCUCAGGACAGGGCUGUCACCAGCAAGCAAGCUCUGAGGCGGAAGAGGAGCUCAUCACCCCUCACACUGCACAGUGUUGUUGGACAGGAGCCAAUGCAGGCUGGCCCUGUGUGACCUACAAGGGCAUCCUCAUGGCCAGGCACUGGGAGCAAGAGGUGGAUGAGGAGAAGACAAACUACUUUGCCCAAUGUAGCUGAUGAGUUUACACAGUGAAAAAGCCACCUGUUCGUCUUUGACUCAUUCAACAAAGAAGUCACGUCAAAUACUAACUUGAAAAAUUCCUGAACUGGGCUGCGUCAACAGCCAUGGACAACUUCAUGGCACCGCUGAGCGCCGUCGGUGACCUCACAUUUCAGCACAGCAAAGCAAAGUUCCUGCACAGCAGAGUGAGCGGACCCUCCCGGCGCAAACGGGAGUUCAUGCCGGACGAGAAGAAGGACAACAUGUACUGGGAAAAGAGACGCAAGAACAACGAGGCGGCCAAACGCUCGCGGGAGAAGAGGCGCCUCAAUGACUUCGCCAUGGAGAGCCAGUUGGCCGCGCUCAGCGAGGAGAAUGCCAUCCUCAGGACGGAGCUGCUGGCCCUCAAACUGCGCUUUGGGCUCAUCAGCCCCGACGCCAGCACCCAGCAGGGCCGCUCCCUGCAGGACUUCCUAGGGAUUUAUUUCCGAGGGCACAAAGCGCUCUCGCCGUUCCCAGAAGCAGAGCCCUUUGCUGGGGAUUCCUGCCUCUACACAAAGAGUUUUGUGCCGAAGGUGCUGGAGCCGGCUGACUUUUCGUGCAAAACCUUUAACCCAUCCAGAAACUUCCUUGGCUGUGACUCAAAGCCAGUGGCUAUGGACACACCUGGCCUUCACCAACCAAAGAGGCUCAAUUCAGCCUUCAGAUCCACAGUUUGCUCUCCUUUCCUCGAUUACCACUGCCCAGACAAACAUGCGCUCCAUUUGCCUUUCUCAGGAAGCUUCUCAUCCCCUUGUCCUGGUCUGGCAGAGGUGAGCAAGGAGAGCACCACAACCGUCUCAGAUGAAGAUGAUGAGCAGCAAGUGCCCAAAACUUCUCCUCCACCCCCAUGUAGCUUGCCCUCCCCUUCAGAAGAUCACCCGAAGGGCCGAAGCUCUUCAGCUCUGCCUCACAAACUCCGCAUUAAGACCAAAGCCCUCGGAGGACAGUGACCAUGGAGCCCUCUGUGGGAGCAGAGACAACCUCUCUAGGGGCAGACACAAUAUAUUUCAAUGACAUGAAGUGUUUGGAAGGAGGGGUGGGAGGGAAAUGUCUUUAAAGAAGGAAGUAACUUUUUCCCUUUGGCAUCAGUGCUGAGGGAAGUUAUAGGGCUGGGCUGCAUCACUACAGCACAACUUCAAUUGGCCAUCAUGUCAGUCUUGCUGUGAUGGACCAUCCAGACCCCAUGGCUGCUCGUAAGCCUGUUUCACGUGGUUGUUCUGCUUGCCAACCAAACUAAAACUUCAUAGUAUCACAGAAUGGGUUGGAGGGGACCUUAAAGAUCAUCUAGUUUCAAGACAAAGCCAUGGGCCCCCAGAUCAGGGUGCCCAGGAUCCCAUCCAACCUUGAAAUGUGAAGGGAUGAUGGGCAGGAAGAGGCAAAGACAGUGGAGGUGGUGUCCACACCGUGGAACACAAUAGUGGCUCCACACCACCGCUACAGCUGCUGGGUGUGACCACCAUUUUAAUUCCCUCUGCUUUGUCAUCACCUCCAUCUUCACAAACAGGGCUGAAAAUCUAAUUGUUCAACACUGGAAAUUGUGGAUGGAAAGAGUUUCAUACCCUCCAGCUGUCUGGAGCAAGAAAAAGGGAUGGCAAUAAGAAGGCAGCAGAUUCACACUGGCAUGAACUGAGAGCAGAACCUGGUCCAUUUUAUUCUCACUUUGUCGUAAUUUAUCCUCAGAGGGAAUGAACUCUUUUUCUCUUUGACUGGAGACACUGUGGUCCAGAAGAUACAUUCAUUUCCAUUUAUCUUCAUAGCAGCUAUUUUGGAGGACUAUUAUUAUUUUUUGUUUUACUGAAAUGUGAAACAUACCUUCUUCAUCCUACUUCGUUCCUUGUAACAGGCAUUUUCAGAAAUGAUGCUUCCCUACUUGAAAACUGCUUUUAUAAAACAUUCUCUUGACUGUAGCUGAAAUGCCCGAUCCAUUUUUCUUAUCUUGAAAUUAAUUACUUACAAAAUAAAACUGUUGCGUGGCACGCUGUUCUCACUAAGAUGUCUGUGGAAUGAGGGCAAUUGUCAAGCAUUUUUUCUAGAAAGCAUUUUUACAGAUAAUGAAUAAAUGCACCAAUGAGAAGAGUGUAAAAGGAAAGACAAUGAUACCUGAAAUGAGGAGUAAAAAUCCCUCACACUGGUUCAGAACUGAGGGCCCUUAUUGUUGGGAGAGGAUGGGAGAUGUUCAGCCUGGAGAAGAGGGGAUUCAGCUGAGGGUGAUAUGAUCAAUGUUUCUAAAUGUCUGCAUCGUAGAAUCGUGGAAUCACUAAGAAAAGACCUCUCAGAUCCCCAAGCCCAACCCCAGCCCAUCCCACCGUGCCCACUGACCACGUUCCUCAGUGCCACAUCUCCAUGGUUCUCAAACACCUCCAGGGAUGGUGACCCCACCGCUUCCCUGACAGCCUGUGCCAAUGCAUCACCACUCUUUCUGAGCAUUGUUUUUUUCUAACAUCCAACCUGACCCUCCCCUGGUGCAACUUAAAGCCAUUACCUCUCGUCCUGUCCCUGCAGGGAGGCUGCAAAGAAAACAGCCAGAGUUUCUUCCUGAACAUCAAGAAACACUUCUGUGCAGGUUCCAAAGCAAUGGGCUGCCCAAGGAGGCCGUUGGAUCUCCUCUGGAGAUCUCCAAAAGCCACCUGGACACAAUCCUGGGCACCCUGCUCUGGGUGUCCCUGCUGGAGCAGGGGAUGGAUCAGAUGAAGCCGGAAGUCUCUGUCAGCCCCAACCAUCUGUGAUUUUGUGAUGUUAAACACAUGCAGUGGGAUCUGGAUUGCAGAGGUGUAUCAGCACACUGUGCCUAAUAAAAAUCUGUUUCCAGAA